GACACCCCGCUAUACUUGGGACCCUUGCGCAAGGGGUUAGAACUAACGUGCGCGAGGCCUGUGUUGGCCUGUCUCUCUUUGCUCCAGGUGCAAGACAACUUCAAGAUUCAUUGUUUGUCCAACAACCUUUCUGUUUGUCUCGACGUCCUCCGAACAGCUUAUUACGGCCACAACCGCACCAUGUUGCAGACUGUGCUCUGCUAACGGCGCAUUCAUUCACAGUUGCACCAUUCUCCUCACGUUGAUGCCCCACCAUUAACGACAUCCACGUAACAUCGUAACAUCUUCCUCCACCGCACACAAUGGGCUUCCUCAAGCACUUCCGAUCGAAAUCGCGUCUAAAGGGCGAGAAGAGUCCGCCGAGCAGUCCUUACCGAUCUCCCAACUACGCCCGCUUUGGUCGCGACUUCACCGAGCGACUACCAGACAAAGUCCUCGACAACAUCUUCUCCUACGUGUGUCCGCACACCCAAGACUACACCUACGAGCCAUGCGAGUCUUCACAAAUCGGCGAUGGCUGUAUGCUCUGCGACUUGCGUGAUGUCUCUGCAUGCGCACGCGUUUGUCGGAAGUGGUAUGCCGUCGCGCAGCAGCAGCUGUACACAAGCGUGCGGAUAGAUGCCGUGCAUUACUGCGAGCUGGAAGAGAUAUUGGCGGACAAGCGGAGGAAGGGAGCGAAGCACUUCCGCGGGAAGUCAGCGCCGGAGCCCGUGGAUAUUCCCAAUAUUCGACUGUCUCUGCUAUGUCGGACAGUGAGGGAGCAGCCAACUCUUGCGUUGCAGACAUUGUUCCUCAAGAUCCCGUAUAUGACGAGGGAGACGGCCAAGGGUGAGCUGGCGCGGACUGUCUCAGUAAUGCCGAAUCUGAGAUAUGUGGAUCUUCCUGAUGGCUUCUACGCGGGUGAUCCGAGUUGUCUGGCGUUGCGACAAGAGCUGCAGGCGAGGUGUCCAGAUCUGAGAAAGAUGAGUUACAGGAGCGGAUCGGAGGAAAUGCUAGAGCUGUUGGCGCAUCGACACUGGCAGGCGAUUGAGAUCCUCGACUUGAGCAAUCUUGCCGUGGAGCCUGCCACCAUGCGAAUAGUUCUUGCGAGUCUGCCGACCCUGCACGAGCUCACCCUUUCGGACAUGACCUGGAUGGACGACACCAUGUUCCAACCGUCAAGCCAGCUUCCGGACUUUCCACCUCUCCAGAUCCUCAAAUUGAGGAAUCUCCCCAACGUCACCGCUCACGGCUUGACGACCUGGCUGCAAGCAACGCAUAUCCGCGAGAUGCUCUUCUCCCUUACACUCGAGGGCACCGGCGUCACCGCGCAAGAUCUUGCAUCAGUGUUGUGGGCAGCAAGUUCAUUGCAACAUCUCGCUAUCAUCGAGAUUGUUUCAAAGUCUCUCGCACUCGCCAGCCAGCAAAUGCCGCCUCUCCAAUCAAUCUCCCUCAAAACCCUCCACUUCGAAAUCUCCGGCAGCGAUGACGUUCACGGUCUGCAGAAGCCGGCAGAGUCAUACUACGCCUACCUCGCAUCAUCCCUCCACGCAAACGCCCUCCCAGCUCUCACAACCCUUUACGUCCGCGAUCAGAACUUCCCCGAACACCUCAUCCUCCCACCUUUCGCUGCGCCCUUCGGCAACGGCUCUCCCAACCGCGGUCAACAACCCGCGGGUUUCAACCAAACGCUCGAAGUCUUCUCCAAAGGUAUUGACGAGCUGGAAUGGGUCUUUACGGCGAUUGCACCACAAGUCUCCGGCGACAAGCGCAGUAGUAUGGUCACUGGUGGUCGUCCACUGAGUGCAUACAGUGCAGGUCGCGGACUGGGACCACAGUGGGCGCAAGGAGGGUUCGGUGGUGAGGCCCGCAAGAGCGUGAUUGUAGGAAAUGGGUUCGGCGGAUUCCUGGCUGUGCCGCAGGAGGAGGCGCCGCGACCGAUCACGCCGGAUGGUCAUCAUUCUCGAUGGGGUAGUCAGGGCAGUGCUGGGUCGGGAGGACCGGGGAGCACGAUUGCGAGUAUGUUGAGAAAGCCGCCGAGUAUGGCGGACCUUACGGGCGGGCAUAAGAGGAAGGGGAGCAAGCAUGAUUUGUGGAGGUGA